AUGGCUUUGGUUGUUGGAAAAGAUAUGGCAACAGGGAGUCUUGCAAGAACAUUUGCUGACAUAGAUUUGGAUGAUGAUAAGACACCACAUCUUUCCGAAGAAGUGAUGUCGAUGAAGGUAGAAGGAUUUGAUGAUGACUUCCUUUGUAGUGUGUUUGAUUAUCUUGGUUUCUGUAGCCUUGCUGAUGGUGAAGAGGUCAAGUACAUUGUCGAGUCUUCUGAAGGUCGUCCCAAGAUUGUUAAGGUUAUUAGCCCCAACGACAACAUUGUUUGUGGCUCCUCUAGAUUCGAAUGUAGCGACGAUGGUGGUGGCGGUUAUAGAAGUAGAUCCGAUGGUUUUGGUGGAGGGGGAAUGAGAGGCAGUUAUGGUAGAGGUGGCAGUGGUGAUAGAUGUUAUAAGUGUGGUGAAAUGGGCCAUUUAACACAGGAUUGUAGGUAG